UAGAUCCGAACCCUUACCUACCUAGGUACCUAGGUACGUACAUUUCACAGACGAGUCCGUGAGGCAAAUACCUAGGUUUCCUAUUAUGAGGGACCCUUAGCAUCUACGGCAGUAUUCCAUCCCUUCAACCUUGGUAUCCUCAACAGUAAGGAUCUCUCCCUUUUGGACAGCUUUCAGCAUCGUAUACGGCAUUCACCCCUGUGGCUGAUCUUCGUCCAAUGUGACUCAAGGUUGCUUAGCACUACAGACGCCUGCCCAUUCAUCGUCUGUAAGUAGGUCUGGAGGCGGGGACCCCGGUCGGACAGCGGGAGAUCGGGAACUGCGGGGUUAUUUCUCUGAAGCUACGCUUUGAUUCAUCCAUCGUCCCUCUAGCAAAGCCGAUGAUGCCGGCAGAGGUUACUUAAGCGUGCGGCGUUAUUGUAUGCUGCCAGAACCGACGCCAACGUCAUACCUAUGUUCUCAUAUUUCCCGGUGGCAAAGUUGUCAGAUCGAAUUCCAAUAUCUCGGUGCCUUAAAGAUGAGGUGGGGCACGUGGGUGUUUCUCAUGGAGGAUUAUAUCGUCAGGAAGCUUCUCCGGUCCCCGACAUUCCUACGAGGUGUCCAGCGUAUCCAUCGGAUCGUCCAUGAUUACAAACACGGCCGAGAUCCUAACGAACCGUUACGAGCAGGCGAAGCUACUCGACUGCCCAGAACCUCGAGACUACAACAAUUUUUCUCGCACUUUAUCCAUGAACUUCGGAGCCAAGUGCGAGGGACAACUAACCAACCCCCUAAGAAGUGAAAGGUGCCAAUGUGACGAAAUCUUCGCUGGAGACGCCCGUGCCGGUGUUCAGCCUUCGGUGUACUUCCCGAACUUCGCCGUCAAGACACGAUCCGGCACUCAGGCGGCCGGAAGUCGGAGGGCACGCGCGUGGUGUCUCGACUAGGACCGGGGAUUAAAGCAAAGCGCCAGCGUGCGCUCUGCAAUUCGGCAAGGACAAAUGGUGCUUAUCGGCAAUGGCGUACUAGAACAGGGCAGAGUUGAGACGACGCGUAGGUUUACACCCUAGGUCGCUCUUUGGUCAGGAGCUGCGCUGCAGAAAAGCCUGGCUUCUCGAAGCUAGGUUAACUACCUAUAUAUAUACUAACUGGGUAGCCACCUAAGCCGCUCGCUCACAUUUCCUUCUUCUCGUUAGCUACCUAGGUAGUACUGAAGAAUUCUAGAGAGCCACGCUUGGAACAGCGAGUACUUUGCAGCAGAGGCCGGGCCAUCAAGCCGUUUGCAAACCUACUAGGUCUCCGAUUACCGCCCACGCUGCGAAGAAGAGAUGUCAAAAAUAAAAGCGUUGACACGAUACCUACGUCCAUUAUUUAGUCAGAAUCAAUCGUAGAAGAUGCUUAGAAGUGGUAUCUCAGCCGUGUUGACUACCCAGAGAUUGAGUAAAUAGACUAGUUAGUGUAGAAAUACUACCUGUGACAGGUACGGUGAGUCGACU